CUGGGAUAGGUGCGAUGACGGCUGUGUCUGCUGCUGCUGCUGACUUCCCAGCAUGCUGUGCGGGACGAUUUGAAUGGCGCAGCCCCUCAUUCAGGAAGCGUCGCCCGGACCUGGGAUAUGAGACGCAGAGUCAGACCGCUGGCGCUCCGUGUGUGAUCCGGCCCGUUACCUCAAGGUGUGCGGCCAUGAGACGAUUUUCUAGGGAUUAUGGCAUCUGGAGCCUGCGAUGCUAAGAAGCGGGACCUGGAUGAAGGUUAUACAAAUGAAUACCCAAGGAAAAGGGUCUCUCUUUCAGCCAAGCAGAACAUGAAGGAGAAUAAUCUUUCACUGGAACAGUUGGUGUCUGAAGGAAACAGAACACUGGUUGGGCAGCCUUCAAACGGCGAUCAGCAGCUUCAUAAAGUGGUGCUUUGCAAGAGGAAAGCCCAGCACCAAACUCCAAGCCCCUCCUAUAGAAGAAAACAGCAUCCCAAGGGCUGGGGCUGUGACAUGGCAAAUAAGGAAAAUGAGCUGGCAGCCGGAAACCUGCACGAGAAGCUCCAGAACGACAGACACACCUUUGUGUUGAACUCCAGUGACUCCGGCUCUUCUCAGACUGACGGAGCAUCAAAGUAUAGCAGUUUCUUUGCAGAGGUCUCUAGAGAUCAUGAAACAAUGGCCCAGGUUCUUUUCAGCAGGAAUCUCAGGCUAAAUGUAGCCCUCACAUUUUGGAGGAAACGCAGCGUGAAUGAACUCAUAGCCUAUCUAGUCAGGAUGCAAGAUUUAGGGGUGAUAGCAGAUUGUCUUCCAGUUUUGACAAACAGCUUACAAGAAGACAAAACUUCACUUUCAGCUGGCUGCUGUGUUGAUCUCUUACCGCUGGUUCAAUCUCUGCUUAAAAGUAAAUUUGAAGAAUAUGUUAUAGUUGGUCUUAACUGGCUGCAGGCGGUUGUGAAGCGAUGGUGGACGCCGCUGUCUACACCAGAGAACCCGUCGGAUGAAAAUGUCUUGGUAUUAAAACAUCAUCUAAGUGGAAUGUGGCAGCAAGAAAGUCACCUUGCAUCAGUACCAGGUUACACUGGCAACAUCGCCAAGGAUUUGGAUGGCUAUUUAUCACAACUGCGUUGAUCUGAGGGUUCACCAAAUAUCCUGUACUUGUGUGAGGAAUUCAACAGACUUCUAAUGGAUUCUUACAAACCUUGAAGUGAUCAUACUGCCACAAGAAUCAAGUAGUAAAACCACUAAACACGUGCAUUAAUUAUGCAGCCACAAGACCAAGUGGUGACUGCCUGCUUCAUAUUGAAGUAGCGUUAUUUCCAGGUAGCAGUUUCUAACCCAUUGAGGUAACGUUUACCGAGGACUCCCGCGCGUUGGACUUUGAAAGAGUGCCCUCCUCCUCCUCCGAAACCUGAGCUACUGAGUUGUUGCAUUAUCACUGGGAUCAAGUUCUAUGAGAUACAGACACCAGAGAAAAAAAAGUUCUGUGACUAGAAGUCCCUGCAAAAUGUGGUGCCUAAAGCAUUUUACAACCGGACACUGGAUACUGCAGCUGUUUUCUAAUCGUGUUGUAUUAUUUGAUGCAUAAUAUUAAAGACUUUUUGGCAUAGAAUAA